GCGCCAACGUAAUCUGCACUUGCCACUCUUCCAUCGACAUGUCUGCUCGACUUGCAUGCCACGCCGACAGGGUCUCUACACAACCUCAUCGAUCCUGCGCAGGGCGAUGACCACGCUAAGGUUCAAUUUGCUCAGCACAGCCGAAAAGGCAGCUCCUUUUGGACCACGACUCGGUACUGUCUCAGUGCAACGCAAAGACGUCGACGGUACGGUGGAGAUCAAGACGCCGGGCCUAAUCACAACUACUUCCAGAGGUGUUGUCCCUCACCUCUCUCGCGACCACACGAGUUUCACAGAAGCGGUGAGAUGGGUACAGCUACCCUUCGAAUCCUUGUAAGUGCUGUGUCUGC